GCCCAACACUUAGAGCACCUUCUUUUCUAUGGUGCAGACACCACUUCCCAGAAUGCAUCAGGAAACACUGCCCUCCACAUAUGUGCCCUUUACAACAAGGAGAGUUGCGUUCGGGUCCUUCUUUACCGAGGAGCCAGUAAGGAGAUCAAGAACAAACAUGGUCAAACCCCCUUCCAGGUUGCUGUGAUGUCGGGCCAUUUUGAACUUGGAGAAGUCAUCAAAAAUCACAAUGAUGCAGAUGUUGUUCCAUUUUUGGAAACUCCCAAAUACGCUCCUCACUUUCUGGACGCUGUGUUGAAUCAGCCCAUCACGGCUGGCCUUCAGCAUCCUCACCCGCUGCUCCGCGCCAAGAGCGAGAACACGAUGACAACGCUCAUGGAUCCCGUAGUGAUGCCCACCGCUGCCGCCAGCAUGCCACCUGCUCAGACUCAACGCCGGGCCUCUUUCGCUUUGAGGAGCUCCAGCAGUCCCCGUGGAGCCCGAACCCGGUCCCCGUCUCGUGGGAGGGAGGGAGGAGAGAAGGAGGAAAAGCAGGAAAAACAGGAAAAACAGCAAAAGCAGCGCGGGAGGCAGGGAGGGGGCGGAGGUCAGAGGAAGAGGCUCUACAGUGCCGUCCCAGGCCGCGUGUUUGUUGCGUCACGAUCUCACUCCGCUCACGGUGAGCGCGAGAUCAGCUUCAGCAAAGGGGACAAGGUCAAAGUGUUGAGCGUAGGUGAAGGAGGAUUCUGGGAAGGAACAGUGAAGGGCCGCACUGGCUGGUUUCCUGCUGAAUGUGUAGAAGAGGUGCAGCCCCAAAACCAGGAGCAGCACACAGAGAGCCGCAGUGAGAAGGCGAAGAGGAAACUGUUUCGUCAUUACACAGUAGGAACGUACGAUGGCCUCGAAGUGCCCAGUGACUACAUCAUAAAGGAGAAAACUGUACUUCUGCAGAAAAAAGACAAUGAAGGCUUUGGUUUUGUGCUCAGAGGGGCCAAAGCCCAGACUCCUGUGGAGGAGUUCAGCCCGACUCCGGCCUUCCCUGCCCUGCAGUAUCUGGAGUCAGUCGACGAGGGGGGCGUCGCGUGGCGGUCCGGUCUGCGGAUGGGGGACUUCCUGAUCGAGGUGAAUGGGAUUAAUGUAGUGAAGGUGGGUCACAGGCAGGUGGUGAACAUGAUUCGCCAGGGCGGGAACAGUCUGAUGGUGAAGGUCGUCAUGGUUGCACGAAAUCCUGAGAUGGAGGAAAUGCCUAAGAAGAAAGUUCCCCAGCAAAGUAAGCGGCUGACCCCUCCGGCUAUUGCUCUGCGCUCCAAAUCCAUGACUUCAGAACUGGAGGAGAUGGUGGAGAAAGCUGCCACCCCAUGGAAGAAACCAGAUCAUUCAGAGAGUUCUCAAGCUCCAGAAAAGAAGAAGAGUGUCUAUCAAAUGGCCCUUAAUAAGCUGGACGAGAUUCUAGCCGCUGCUCAACAGACAAUUAGCACAUCAGACUCUCAGGGUCACAGAGGUCAUGGGGGCAAGAAGGAACGAAACAAGGGCUUUAACGCUAAUGAGCAAACUUUUGAACAAUCAGGUGUUGGCAUGAUGCCAUCAGGGUCUGGGUAUGGUUAUAACCAAGCCCAGUUUUCAUCAGGCCAUUCAACUCAGCGUGCUAUGAUGAUGCGUCAGAAAUCCAUGGGAGUUACAGAAGAGGAGAGGGUACAUCUCCAUCCUCCUACUAUGAAGUUGUCUCGUAGUCUGUCUGUGCCUGGACCAGAGGACAUUCCCCCUCCACCCGACACCUCAGCGCCUGAGCCGCCCCUGUCUGCCGGUGGCCACACAGAUAGGAGAGCAGCACCAACACAUUUCUAUGCUGUCCCUCCUUUGCCUCCAUCACACCACCAGCCUCACACCCAGACACAGCACAGGGUCCCGCCCAACCGCAGGGCUGAAACUGAUACCAGCAAGAUGGGAGGAGCAAGAAUGGGUGGCAUGAGGCGUGGCCAUAGCAACGCCACACCUCCCUCCGAUGUGGCCUCCAAACAGUCCACCACACAGCGUAACCAAGCGCAAGCGGUGGCUAAGGCUGCAAGUCGGCAAGUCGGGAAGGGGCUGUUGGUGAAGCAGCGCAAGGUGGAGGAGGCAACGGGCAGAGAAAAAUUGCAGAAAAGUUCCAUUUCAAUCCCAACGAUUAUUGUUAAAGCGCCAUCUACCAGCAGCUCUGGGCACAGUAGCCGUGCAAGCAGUGAGGAUACAGAACUGUCUCCCGAGAUGAAUGAAGAGCAGGAGCCUCAAAACCCAGUCAUGGCUCCUACGCCCACUCCAGCUCCACCACCUAAUAUCCCAGGUAAACUGGAAACACUGGGCAGGAGCACAGCACAGCGGGAACGUGAACGCUUCCGCGAUUCCCGUCGGAAAAGCGCCUCGUUUUACUACUCCUCCGAGGAGGACAUUUUAGAUGAGAAGGAGUCCGCUCAAACUCCAGUGGAGGCCAACACCACCUCUCGUUUGCGCUCGUCUAAAUCUAUCGAUGAGGGAUUGAUCUCUGGUGAUGCCUUAAGCAUGCCGCCUGCGUUUGGGUUGCCGCAGUACGCAUCAGCUACACCUCAUCAAGCAACCACCUUCAUCCACCCAUUGACGGGGAAAGUUCUAGACCCAACAAGCCCGCUUGGACUCGCGCUGGCAGCACGUGAGCGAGCGCUGAAAGACGACCACCGUACACGUAGAGAGGAACGGCACUUCGGCCGCCAGCUGUCCAGCACUGGCGUUUUCCCUUCUGCAGUCUCCCCUCCAAACCAAAAGCCCGUUCCUCCAUUCUACAUAUACCAAUCACACACCUCACUCUACCUUAGUGGUGCCUCUCCGACAACAGUUGGACCAGGCCCACAGAGUCGCCCCCAGUCUCCUCGAAUGCUGCGAUUGACUGGCGGUGGGACGGGGAGCUUGGAAUGGAAUGAACAGAACCUUAUGGAUAGAGAGGACAGAGGGGCACCAAAGGUGCGGUUUACAGAUAAUCAAGCCAGUCAGUACCAGUCUCACCCUCAGGACCGGGACAACAGAGCCAAUCAGUACCACACCUACCUGCGGGAAAGGGAGAGAGAAGGGCACAAGAGGAUACCGCCCAAGCCUCCUCCCCGCAGGCCUUCCUACAUAGAUAAGGAGAGUGAACUCGGCACGGCUGACAAAAGUCCCACCAGUAAUUCCCAGGAUGACAGGGGAGGACAGAAGGAGGGGGAGAAGGAUGUGAAGCAAGGGGGAAAUCUACGGGUUGGAGAGGGUGGCGAUGUGAUGAUGCUUCCACCUCCUGCUCCAUCUGUGGAUGUGGAUGAUGAGUUUGUGUUUGCGGAGCCCCUUCCUCCCCCUAUACAGUUUGCAAACGGGAUAGAAAUAGACACCCAUGGAACAACAGAAUAUAAUCGACAACAACAACAACAGAAGGAGCUGUCAGGAUCUCAGUCACUCAAUGACCAACACUCCCUGCAAAUGGUUUCCAAUCCCCAGCAAGAUGCCAUGUCCCUACCAGACAACAUGCAUGCUGACUCACAGCAGACACCCAUCCAUCCUUCUGCUGUGGUACAUCCAUAUCUCUUCCCACCGACUUCUCAAAUCCAGCCUCCACAGCUGUGUCCUAAAAUAGCUCAACCCUCUGGCUAUUCCCAGCACCCAAACACUGGCCAACCCCAACCUUUACACUCGCCACAAGCGGGAGACUCUGCCACUUCCAGUCUUACAUCUUAUGACAGUGAGGUGGCCAAUCUGACUCAGUCCGCUCUCUCCCCAUCUCUUCCUUCUCCUCAGAUUUUCCCUCCUUCGAGUUCCCCUUCCGCCCCCGCCACCACCUCCUCAUCUGACCCUAUGUCGUUGCAUCGACCUCUACCACUUUUCUACCAAAACCAAGGUCACGCGAAUGUGUCUCAGUCGUAUUCCACCAUGGCUGCACCUGCUGCUGUAAUGACAGUCACCACAACUAUGCCUUUAGAAAGUACAUCAGUUACAGCAACGGCACUUAAGGGGCGUGAUUGGUCGGAGGCUGUGGUUGAUUCUGGAAUCGAGGAACUGGAGAGUCACAGCAUCAGUGAUCACCACAUGGAAAACUUUGCAGAAAGAAUGGAUCGAGAAGGAGGCCAAGAGAAGGAGAGGGAAGGAAGGCGAGAAAGUACGGAGAGCGGGAUAGUAGGGGAUGGUUUUAAAGGAGACCGAAGAGUGUCCCAGGAUUUGUCUCUUUCUCACACCGAUAAAUUCGCUCAAAAAAGCCACAAACCGCACGUACAUAAAUCCAAACCUCCAAACCCGCCGCUAGCUAAACCACACACUCAAAAUAUGUUAAAAUACCACGCACACACACAGAAUGGGCGAACCGGACCACCGCUACAGCGGCAGGCUAGCACUGCUCCCAACAUGUACAGGUCGAGGGAAGAGGAGGAGCAAGAACAGGAAGUGAAGAUUCCAGCGUUUAUGGAUCGACGUCUCAACUCUCCUCUCUCCAAUGUGAAGGCCAGCAUCAUAAAUGAGCUCAGCAGUAAACUACAACAGCUUGGGGGCUGGCAGGGUCAGGGACCACCGCCGAAUCAUAGGUUUCCAGGUGAUCCCGCCUCCCGGCUGUGCACCUCUCAUCCCUGCUUCUGUUCAGCCUCUCCAACGCUCCUUAUCUCCAAACCUGCCCCCUAACUCUUUAACGUCCAACUCCCCCGCUGCGGCUCUGAACCCCGUACCGUCGUCUCCUCUUCCUGUAUCGACUCUAACCCCGGUCUUAAUCCCGAUCCCAUUACCUCUAACCCCAACCCCAGCUCCACCCCCUCUCAAAGACUGGACACCAUCUAAUUCUCCUAUUUCUUUUCCUCACGGUAUUUUGUCCCCUCCGUCACUGCCCCACACCCCCCUCUCUCCGCUUUCCCUGGCUC